GGUGCAAAGACUUCCCUGCCUGCCGCAACGAUGGUGGUGGCGGAGAAAUUCUCCAGCGCGGAGAAAGGCGCUUCCAACGGGGACAUCGGGGCGCCGAUGGCCGAGGAGGGCGCCCGGGUCUCCUCGGGCCGGCUGGGCGCCGCCCGGCUGCGCGGCUGCCUGCGGGCCAACCUGCUGGUGCUGCUGACCGUAGCGGGCGUGGUGGCCGGCGUGGUGGUGGGGCUGGCGGUGCGGCAGGUGGGGCUGGGCCCCAUGCAGAUCCUCUACUUCUCCUUCCCCGGCGAGCUGCUGCUCCGCCUGCUGAAGAUGAUCAUCCUCCCGCUGGUCGUCUGCAGCCUGGUGGCCGGCGCGGCCAGCCUGGACCCGGCCGCCUUGGGGCGCCUGGGAGGCUGGGCCAUGCUCUUCUUCCUGCUCACCACCCUGCUGGCUUCGUCCAUCGGCGUCGCCCUGGCCUUCAUCAUCCAGCCCGGCCAAGGCGCUUCGCCCCCCGCGACCUUCGGGGCCGCCGAGGCCGUGCCCGAGCCCAAGGAGGUGGUCGACUCCUUUCUGGACCUCAUCAGGAACAUCUUCCCCUCCAACCUGGUGUCGGCUGCAUUCCAAUCGUAUGCAACCAAUUAUAAGCAGAUCAUGGUCAAAAAGAACUUGACGGAUGGACUGGGGAGAAUCAGUGAAAAUGUCACAGAGUUAAAGUUGCCCAUAGGCAAAGAGGUUGAGGGGAUGAACAUCCUGGGCCUGGUGGUCUUUGCCAUCGUCUUUGGGAUCGCUCUACGGAAGCUCGGACCCGAAGGGGAGAACCUGAUCAAGUUCUUCAACUCCUUCAAUGAGGCUACCAUGGUUUUGGUCUCCUGGAUCAUGUGGUACGCCCCCUUAGGUAUCAUGUUCUUGGUUGCCGGCAAGAUAGUGGAGAUGGAAGACGUGGUGGUCCUCUUCACCAGCCUGGGCAAAUACAUCUGCUGCUGCCUGGUGGGCCACGCCAUCCACGGCCUCAUCGUCUUGCCACUCAUCUACUUCAUCUUCACCCGCAGGAACCCUUACCGCUUCCUCUGGGGCAUCUUCACACCCCUGGCCACCGCCUUCGGCACUUCCUCCAGCUCCGCCACCCUGCCCCUGAUGAUGAAAUGCGUUGAGGAGAAGAACGGCGUCUCCAAGCACAUCAGCCGCUUCAUCCUGCCCAUCGGAGCCACUGUCAACAUGGACGGGGCGGCCCUCUUCCAGUGCGUGGCUGCUGUCUUCAUCGCCCAGCUCAACAACCGCACGCUCAACUUCAUCCAGGUCAUCACCAUCCUCGUCACUGCAACGGCUUCCAGUGUUGGGGCCGCCGGGAUUCCCGCAGGCGGCGUCCUCACCCUCGCCAUCAUCUUGGAGGCGGUUGGGCUGCCCACCAAUGACAUCUCCCUCAUUCUGGCAGUGGAUUGGCUGGUGGACCGAACUUGCACCGUCCUGAACGUGGAGGGGGAUGCCUUUGGCGCAGGCCUCCUUCAGGUAUACUCCGAAAAGACGAUGGGCAAAGCAGAAGCGGAAGAGCUGAUGGAGAUCAAGACGGACGGGCUGGAAGCUGGCAAGGGAGCAGCUGCAGAGGAGGGGUCCCCGCUGAUCAAGAGAGACGGUCCUGGCCUCUUGGAAGGCCUCAGUCCUUGCGAAAAAGAAUCUGUGAUGUAAAGCCUGGACUGGGAGACGGACUCCAGUGGCUUGUGUUUAAUUCUAGGACUCAAAUCUGCCCCAGCCUUUGAAGACUUGACUUUCCGAAGAAACUGUUGGUAACAGGGGCUCCUUCCUAUUCUCGUCGAACACACCCUCUUCCACCUCCUUGCGUCCAAUCACUUGCGGUGUCAACACUUGAAACCUCUUUUCUCUUUGAAGGGUGGAUGUCGGUGCUCAGUCCUGCCUUGAAAUUCCUUUGCCUCCCCCCCACCCUGCCCCCCGGAAAUGUUAGCCUCGAGUUGAUGGUUGGGCAGUGACUGAUUUUAUGUAGAGGUAGGAGGGGAAAUGCACUCUGUAUGUCCUUAGAGGCACUCUGCUUCACACGUUCCAGACUUGAACCCUAGCGUUUACAUUCUGAAUCCACCAGCAGCAGCCUCCACAGAGGUCUCUUGAUCACUCCUUUUCCUCCUCUGGACCUCCAGCUGCCCUGCUGCUUUUUAAUUAUAUUUUAAAUACAUCUGUUUUUGGACCAAA